AUGGCUUACGCGAGGCUUAAUGGGCCGUCCAAGAACCCUGGGGGUCUGGCUCAAAAGGACAGCCAGUACCCGUGGAGUCAGAGGGUCAGCUUUGCCAAGGACAUUGCGUCAGGGAUGGCCUACCUCCAUUCCAUGAAUAUCAUCCACCGAGACCUCAACUCCCACAACUGUCUGGUCCGUGAGAACAAGAACGUGGUGGUGGCCGACUUUGGACUGGCUCGACUUAUGGUAGAGGAGAAGAGUCAGUCUGAAGACCUGCGUAGCCUUAAGAAGCCGGACCGCAAGAAGCGGUACACCGUGGUGGGUAACCCCUACUGGAUGGCGCCGGAGAUGAUCAACGGUCGUAGCUAUGACGAGAAGGUGGAUGUGUUUUCCUUUGGAAUUGUCCUGUGUGAGAUUAUCGGGCGUGUGAAUGCAGACCCUGACUAUCUGCCUCGCACUAUGGACUUUGGCCUCAAUGUGCGGGGUUUCCUGGACCGCUACUGUCCACCCAACUGUCCCCCAAGUUUCUUCCCCAUCACUGUGCGCUGCUGUGACCUGGAUCCCGAGAAGAGGCCCUCUUUUGUGAAACUGGAGCAGUGGCUGGAAACACUUCACAUGCACUUGGCUGGCCACCUGCCGCUGGGCCCACAGUUGGAACAACUGGAGCGGGGCUUCUGGGAGACCUACCGGCGGGGCGAGAGCUCACUGCCUGCUCACCCUGAGGUCCCUGACUGAGCCCAGCUGGCCCUGCCGUCCCCAUCCCCACCUCUGGAGAAAAUGCCCUCACUAGAUUCCUCAGCAGGAGGUGGCCCAGGCAUGGAACCCUCAGCCAGGGCGUUGGUGCCCAGACCCAUAGCCCCUGACCCAGGCCCUGACCUGCCUUUCUCCCCUCAUGCAGGUGCCCCCCAGCCUCUCUGCCUCUGGCCCCCAAGUCACCAGGCUGCACACACAUGUGGUUGAUCACAUUGCCCCGCCUUACCUCCCAUUCUGGGGGCUGCCCCCUCCCUUGUCUUUGCAUGAGCUAGAGGGUCGGGGAAGCUGGACCCAUUCCAUGCCUUGCCUGCGGCCAUCUGCCCACUGUGCCUGCUGGCAGCUCUUCCCCAGCAAGACUGGGCUACAAGGCAGCUUUAGAAGUGAGCCCCUGUGAUGGCUGGGCAUGGAGAGUGUUUGCGGAGGGAGAGGCUAUGUUCCCAGGAACUUCACAUGGAGCCCCAGGCCCCCUUGGGGGAAAUCUAGGUAGCAGCAAGUCUUGACAAUGAUCUAAACACCAAAGCAGAGAGAGAGGUCCAAUCUCAUGUGACCACUGGCCAGGCACUGGCCCUCGCUCUUGCUUGGGGUCCAUCUCAUUUCUUGAUCAAAGCCACUUUAGUGAGACAUAGGUACCAGUCCUCAGGAUGAGCAGGGAUCCCUGGAGGAGGAAGGGCAGAUGAUGCCUGGGAUCCAGCUGACAGGGAGGGUCCAGCCCAUGCCACAGAGCCUGGGCAGAGGGAAUGAGGCAGCCAUCCACCAGCACCCCAGCACCCCCGGGUUCAUCUCAGCACCCUUCCCGGGCCUCUCCUGAAUGGCUGGCGCAGCCCCGCCCCUCCUUGGGUGCCUCUGCCCUCUGAGUUAUUUCUGUGUGAUCUAUUUUUUAAGAAGAGUUUGUAUUAUUUUUUCAUAACGGCUGCAGCAGCAGCAGCUGGGGUUUAGGGGGGAUUUGUUUUGCUUUGUUUUAGGUGGGUGGGGGUGGGAGGGCCAUUUCCUCACUCUGCUUCAGUUGAACAUCUAGGACGUAUUAAAACUGUGAAGCUUUCUCAGUGCACUUUGAACAUGGAAGAGAAUCUGAGCAGACCCCAGUGGGACCAAGACUGAAGGAGGCAAGACAUACUUGCCUCUACACAGUGACCAUGAUAGGAAUGAACCCGAACUCGGAAAAAUAAAAUUUCUGUGCUCCCUGUG